CUUCUUGUUUUCAUCUACAAAUAAUCUCUUUCUUCUUCACAAAUAAGAACAACUAUUUCUUCAAUACCAAUUAUGGCCACGUAUACUUUCGAACAAAACGAAUACUUGGAAGAUGUGAUCGAGAGUCAGGGUUUCUAUGUAAUGAACGAUUUUGGUUGGAAAACACCAUGUGGAAUAGUGAAAAUUGGCAAAAAUUCUGAAGCUUUUGAAAAAGCAAAGAAAGCUACAACUUUUGCAGUCGAUAAAUACAAUGAGAAAUCAGAAAAAUCAAAGUUGGAAUUAUUGAGAAUUAUGAAUGUAAAUUUUGAACCUACUGCUGGUGCAAUUUAUUAUAUUACUUUGGCAGCCAUGGAUUUAUUUUCUAGGAAAAUUCUUCAUUAUCAAGCUAAGGUUUGGGAAAAAAUCAACACUGGCUAUAAAGUAGAGAUUUUUCGACUUGCCCCUUAUGCGCCAAAACUCUCAGAAUGUGAGGAAGAGAAACAUUGCUGUAUUAAGGUUAAUAAUUUGCAGGACUGGAUGGAUGAGAAUUAUCUUUAUUACAAGUGCUGUUACACAUUCAAAAAGUUUGUUUCUGUGGAGGUGAUUAGAGAUAAAGAAACUGGCAAAUCUAUGGGCUAUGGUUUUCUUUGGUUCAAAACUCACUCAGAAGCAAUGGAAUUUUUAGAGAAAAAUGAAGGAAAGCAAAUGCCAAAUUCCAGCCAGAAUUACUCAUUGGUGUUUGGAAAAUUUUGAAGGCCAAAGUGUUUUUUUACAUAGUCUAUUAUCCAUUUAAAGAUUAUGUUAUUUUAUGUAUUACUCAUUCACAUAGUUUAAAUUGAUUUUCAUGGUA